GGUCCAGCAGGACGGGACAGCCUCGCUAUGCGUGUCCGGGUUUGAUGCACGCCGACCGGCCAUGAGGACUGAGGGCGCAGGUCGGGACUAACCACACCCUCACGUCGAUGAAGACGCCAGCUUUGGACGCGUCCGCCCCGCGGGAGACAGUGAGCCUUUCGGGCCGCAUGGAGGACACAAUUUGCCGGUACUGAGGCGGAGUAACCCGGACACCGUUUUAAUUUCCCCGCGAUUCGCCCAAAAUGAAUCGGAUCCCCGAUUACUAGAAGAGGACCCGCGCGGCUCGCGUCAAUCCUCCGCCGGGGUAAAGGGGGCCGCAGUGCCACUGCCGACAGCGGGAGAGGACACCGGCGGUAGAAGGGAGGGGUGCACACCGGGAGCCAGCGGCUGCUGUGCGGCGGCUCCCCCCGGGAGGAGCCCUGCAGAGCCCAGCCGGAGUGCGAGCACCGCCGCGGGUAGGACGGAAGAACGCAAGUUUGGAUGCAUAUGAUCACAACCACCAUGAUUUUUAUGAUUCUCGGCGCUUCACUUGUUAUGGCGAUCGCCUGCUUAAUGGACAUGAACGCGCUACUGGAUCGCUUCCACAACUACAUCCUGCCACAUCUGCGAGGGGAGGACCGCGUCUGCCACUGCAACUGUGGGAGACAUCACGUGCACUACGUGAUCCCGUACGACGGUGACCAUUCCCUGGUGGACUCGUCAGAGAACUACUUUGUGAGCGACAGCGUGACCAAGCAAGAGAUGGACCUCAUGCUGGGCCUGCUGCUAGGCUUCUGCAUCAGUUGGCUCCUGCUGUGGUUGGACGGCGUGCUGCACUGUGCCGUCAGGGCCUGGAGGUCCAGCCGCUAUUACGACACGCCGUCCUGGUCCUGGCUGCCCCAGUUCUGCAACCUGCGGGAGCUGGGCGGUCGCGCUCAGCACGGCCAGCUGGACGAGUCCGGCAGCAACAUGGUGCACAUCAAGCAGAAGCUCUACCACAACGGCCACCCCAGCCCUCGGCACCUCUGACUCACCUGUGACUCACCAGUGACUCACCUUCCGUCCUUCUAGAAUCUUCUUCCGGACCUCCUCACCUGGAGGACGAUUGGCAACCAGAACAUUUUGGAGGGUGUUUUUUUUUUUCUUCUCUAGAGACACUUUGUGUGUUCAUCGUGGAAGUGGGCAUGCUCUUUUAGGACACACGUGGCCGGCCUUUGUUUCGCUUUUGGUUUUUGGGGGGGUUGAGGGUUUGAAUGCCAACUUUUUUUUUUUUUUGUCAUGUUAGAUUGCUGCUUGUCUGCAAAAUUCCACAUUUUCGUACCUUGUUUCUCAGAAACGAUUGGCUUGAUGGCUCCAAUGAAGGAACCAAUGAGAGAUAAACGUGGAAACAUGUGACACACACACACACACACACACACACACACACACACACACACACACACACACACACACACGGAAUUAGCUUUGUUACAUAGUCAAACAACUGAAUGUAAUUUUAUUCCUGUAAAUAUGAAAGGGGGGGAGGGGUUAGGGCUUCAUAUUUUACUGUUGGACAACAUUUUGAGUUGAUUUUGCUUGUUGCUAGGCAGAAUGUGCGGGGCUCAAGCAGACCUGCCCAUCUGAUUGGUCGUGAGAGAUAUGAUAUAUGAAUAAUACAUACUAUAUUUGUUAUUAUGCAUAUGAAUAAUUUGUACACUUUAGUAAAAAAUACUACAUUUAUUCAUCACUAAAAUGACAAAAAAAUAUUAUUUAUUUAGAAAUAUUAAAAAUGUCAUCGUCUCAGUUAGGGUGUCUUUAUGUUAGGUAAAAUAUGAUUUUUUUUUUAAUAUCAGGGAGCAUUAUUUAAAAUAUAUAGUUUAUUAUUGUCGGUGACACAAAUAAAGGCUUCCACCUUAAUUAACGCCUUACCAUUAACACAUGCCUGGUGCUCUCUGUAGUUGAGUAAAUAACCCCCUGGACACGAGAUGACGAAAAUAUGGUCAGUCCAAAUAAAACAUCAACUAGUGAACUCAAAAAGUGUUGACUGCGACAUUUAGGUUUGUGUUUUUGAUAAAAAAAAAUUUGUUGACACAAAAAGUGGAGGAAACCCUAACCUGAAACCCCCCCCCCCCCCCCCCAUUCCCCCCAAAUCCCCCCCUCUGCCCCCCCAUCAGACAUUGCUGUUGUGAG